GCGGUUAAUGAACCUUUCUGCAGAUCUCUAGCACAAACACAGCUGCUGAAGGAAACGUAUUCAUAUCGUCGUCGGAGAUCCAAAUGAUUCAGUAUCAGAUUAACCUCUAAAGUCGCCGUUCAGGUUUAGAAAGUCAUGAUGUUAAAUUUGGUUGGGAAAUGAAACAGAAAGUCUGACAGUAGUCAUUAUAGAAACGAUUCUUCCAAGAGAGCCCAGGUUCCCACCUCUUCCACAGCAGCUUAUUUCUGCACUGUAGACUGAUAGGUUAUUUGAUCUCGCGCUCAGGAUGAUGAUGACGCCAUCUUCCUGCGACACGUUCGUGGCUUUACCUCCAUCCUCAGAGGGACAGCGCGUCAUCUUCGGCAAGAACUCAGACAGACCGUGUGAUGAAGUGCAGGAGGUGGUUUAUUUCUCCUCCAAAGACUAUAGUCCUGGAGAAAAAGUCGAGUGCACAUACAUAGAGAUAGAGCAAGCUGCCCAUACCCAUGCUGUAGUGUUGAGUAGACCAGCAUGGCUCUGGGGAGCUGAAAUGGGAGCCAACGAGCACCAAGUCUGCAUCGGAAAUGAGGCUGUGUGGGGCAGAGAAAGCACUGACAGCAAGGAGGCUUUACUGGGCAUGGAUCUAGUGAGAUUAGCUCUGGAGAGAGCAGACAGUGCAGAGAAGGCUCUGAAUGUGAUAGUGGAGCUCCUGGAGAAAUACGGGCAGGGUGGCAACUGCAUGGAGGAUGAAUGUGUUCUUCUCUACCAUAACAGCUUCCUCAUAUGUGACCGCACUGAGGCCUGGGUGCUGGAGACCUCUGGGAAAUACUGGGCUGCAGAGAGAGUUGAGAAUGGAUAUCGAAAUAUUUCUAAUCAGUACUCCAUCACCACCAAAAUCGACAAGGAGCACCCAAGGAUGCGGGAGUAUGCGCUGGAGCAAGGCUGGUGGGACGGCAAGGUGGCAUUCAAUUUUGCAGAGGUUUACUCUGUUAUGAGUACAGCACGCAUAGAGGCCACUGCGGGCCGCUACUGUGAGGGACGCAGGCUGCUGGAGAAAAACAAAGGCCACAUCACUGCUGAGAUCAUGAUGGAUAUACUGAGAGAUAAAGAGAGUGGCAUUAAUAUGGAAGGCAUGUUCGUUACAACAGGAAGCAUGGUAUCUGUGCUUCCUAAGGACCAGUCACUGCCUGGGGUUCACUACUUCACUGCUACCCCUGACCCAGAAAGGUCUGUUUUCAAGCCGUUUAUCUUUGUAGCAGACAUAAAGCCACUGAAGCAUACGUGCUCUCCGUGUUUUGGAGAGGAUGAUCCAGUGAAGAAGAAGCCUCGCUUUCAGCACAAACCCAACCGUAAACAUCCCCUAUUCAUAAAACAUGAGGUCGUGGCUGCUAUAAUUGACAGCACAAGGGAGAAAGGUCAGAGGAUCAUGCAGAAAAUGCAAGAGCUGGAGAAGCAACAAAUGGCAGAAAUGGAGAAAUACUUAACUACAGGUGUGGAGGACUCGACUCUGGUGGUUCAUCUCUUCUCAAAUACAGUGGAGGAAGAGCUGAAGGUUUACAGCAAGGUCUGAAACAGCCUGGAGACACUUUUAGAUCUUAUUUUAUAAUUAAAACGAUUAACUGACGAUGAACAGAAACAAAAAGUAGCAAAUGUACUUAACUGCAUGUCAUCCAAAUGCACAUAAUUCAAUAUAUAGCCAUUCCUUUCUGUGUGAAAUUACUCCGGUUAUACAAAUAAGCAUGAUGACAAUAGUUAAAAAUGGGUAUAAAAAUCUCAAAAAGUGUUUUUCCCAGCAAGAAUGGACCAUCAGUAACUCAAAAUGCUGCAUGAGUAAUUUUAAAAAAGGCUUUACAAAGAUAUCUGAUAGUUAAUUCAUUACACACUAUUUUUUUUUCUUUAGGUUUAAGUGGCAGUUAUGAUUUUUACCUCUACUACAAAUUGAAUACAUACUUUAUACAAAGUGCACUUUGGGAAAAAAUGGUUUUAUUUGAUGCACAAUUGAGAUAUUAGUGAUAUGCAAUGUAGACAUGAAAACAGCUGUAUCUCCAAUAAAAAGAUAACAAAAAUA